AUGGCUUUAGAUGAAAAUGGUGUUUCAGAGAUAGAAUGGGAGAGAUUAUAUAACCCUGAUAAUUCAAUAUUUUUAUCAGGUAGAAAGUUAAUGUCUGAAGUAAAUGCAAUUAUUUUCCUCGUCGUUUGUACAAAUAUAUUUUUUGUAAUUAGAUUCUUUUUUCAACAUUAUGUACUUAAACCAAUUGCACUUUCAUUUAAUAUGAGAAAAUCAUAUACAGCAAGAUUCCUUGAAAAUGGAUGGUAUACAUUAUAUUAUAUUUCAUUCUUUUUAAUUGGUUCAUACGUUUAUAGUCAAGAAAGUUGGUCAAUAUUUCCAACAAUGAAUAUUUGGUUAGGUUGGCCAACACAACCUUUUUCAACUUUAUUUAGAACAUAUUAUUUAAUUGAAUUAUCAUUCUAUGUUCAUUGUACUAUUGCACUUUUCUUUGAAACUAGAAGAAAAGAUUUCAAUCAAAUGCUUACUCAUCAUGUUGCAACCUUCUUUUUAGUUGGUUGUUCCUAUUGGUAUAGAUAUCAUAGAAUUGGUAUUGCAAUUCUUUGGAUUCACAACAUUGCUGAUAUCUUUUUGUAUAGUGCAAAAGCAUUAAACUAUAUCUCUAAAGAAGUUAAAAACAAAACUAUUCAAAUCAUUUGUGAUGGUUUAUUCGUUAUGUUUGCCGUUUCCUUCUUUGUAACAAGAUUAAUCUUUUUCCCAUUCACUUUAAUUAAAUCUUCUUUAACUGAAGCUUAUUAUGUUUCAGUAGAGUUUCCAUUAUUUUAUCCAACAAAUGUUGCACUACUUACACUUUUAAUUUUACAUAUGUUCUGGUUCUUUUUGAUUGCAAGAAUUAUUUAUAUCAAAUUAUUCAAAUCUAAAGAUUUCGAUGAUAUUAGAAGUGAUAGUGACGAAGAUGAAGAGGUUAAACCAACUCAAAAAGGUUUGGAAGCUGAACCAACUCGUACAAAUAAAAAUACAAAUAAUAAUAAAAAUAACAAACUCACUCAAACUAAAGUUUCAAAAGCUGCUCAAAAGAAGAAUGAAUAA